GUCAGUCAAGCUACUUCCUUCCCGAAAGUCCAAAACACUCACCCUCUAGAGAUUUUUGUGACAGAGAUUUCAUUUCUCUCAGCCCAAAACCCCAAAGGAAAAGUAGAACACAGAAGUUGUAAAACAAUCAGCUUUUCGACUCUCUUCUCAGUGGCGAGAAUCUCUGUCACCAUUUCCUGGAAUACCGUAACUUGCUCAGGUCACUGAAGAAACCUUCGGAAUGGAAUUACUGACUUUGGGGGAUUUCAUUCUCUAGUCUCCGGAAGCCGUCCUACUUAUUAUAGUCUCCGAGAUUUUGGAUUUUACCAUUAAAGAUGACAACUCAUUUAGCAUGUUUUCCGUCUUCCGACACUCGAAAUUCAGUGGGAGUCUUAUCUGUUCUUGGAGGAAGAGUCCCGAUGAAGAAUCGUGUAGGUAAAAUCAGUUCCCUGAAGGUGUUUGAUGGGAAGAAUGGAUUUUUUGGUCACAGCCAGAGGAUUGCUUCAAAUUUGCCUCAUUUUAGAUGUUUGGCCAAUUCCCACAACUCAAGUCCAUACAACAGUAGAGAUCCUUUCUUGAGUCUACACCCCGAAGUCUCGAUGCUAAGAGGAGGUGAGGGAAGCGACGCAGUAACGAGUCCGAGAAAGGAAAGCGCAGGUGUCAAUGUCACUGAGAGCUUAGUUGAUUUGCCUGCUUCAAAUAAUUAUAAUGAAGCUAAAAUCAAAGUCAUUGGUGUUGGAGGCGGCGGGUCAAAUGCCGUUAAUAGAAUGAUUGAGAGUGCCAUGAAGGGUGUGGAGUUCUGGGUAGUUAAUACAGAUGUUCAAGCCAUGAGAAUGUCGCCCGUGUUUCCUGAGAACCGCUUGCAAAUAGGUAAAGAGCUAACUAGGGGUCUUGGUGCCGGUGGCAAUCCAGAUAUUGGCAUGAAUGCUGCCAAGGAGAGCAAAGAAGCAAUAGAGGAGGCCCUCUAUGGUUCUGACAUGGUUUUUGUUACGGCUGGAAUGGGUGGGGGAACUGGCACAGGUGGCGCCCCGGUAAUUGCAGGAAUUGCCAAGUCAAUGGGUAUUUUGACUGUGGGAAUUGUUACAACCCCUUUCUCAUUUGAGGGGCGGAGACGAGCAGUUCAAGCACAGGAAGGAAUUGCAGCUUUGAGAGACAAUGUUGACACACUGAUUGUUAUUCCUAAUGACAAAUUAUUGACUGCCGUUUCUCAAUCUACUCCUGUAACUGAAGCAUUUAAUUUGGCUGAUGAUAUCCUUCGACAAGGUGUUCGUGGUAUCUCUGAUAUAAUUACGGUUCCAGGUCUGGUUAAUGUUGAUUUUGCUGAUGUGCGUGCUAUCAUGGCAAAUGCAGGUUCUUCACUGAUGGGGAUAGGAACUGCAACAGGCAAGACUAGGGCAAGGGAUGCUGCAUUGAAUGCCAUCCAAUCACCUUUACUGGAUAUUGGUAUAGAAAGGGCUACUGGAAUAGUAUGGAACAUCACAGGUGGAAAUGAUUUAACUUUGUAUGAGGUAAAUGCUGCUGCUGAGGUUAUAUAUGACCUUGUGGAUCCAACUGCAAACCUAAUAUUUGGAGCAGUGAUAGACCAGUCACUCAGUGGUCAAGUCAGCAUAACUCUGAUAGCUACUGGGUUCAAACGCCAAGAUGAAAACGAAGGGAGGCCUCUUCAGGGAAGUCAGCUAGGAUAUGGAGAUGUUGGUCGACGGCCUUCCUCCUUUACUGAAGGUGAGUCAGUGGAGAUCCCUGAAUUCCUAAAAAAGAAGGGGCGCUCACGUUAUCCUAGGGCUUGAAAGAAUUGUACCAUAUAUCCUGUUUCCUGCCCCCCCCCCACCCCAUCACUAACAGCGAGAUCUACAGUGUAUUGUUUAAAAUUUGUCCCUUUCAUCAGUCGGUAAUAAAAAAAAAUGCCGUGUUGGGUUGGCUUUAAGUUGGAUACAAGAAAAAUCUUGUGCAGUUCCUCAAUAUUUAAUCAGUAAAUCUCAAUCUAGAGCUCAGCCUUUAUUGUUUUUUGA